AUGCGUCUCCCCUACGCACCGUCCAGCCCUCCCGCCGAUGCGCCCGCCGACACCGCGGACAUUUACGCCCGCAUUGCCGCCCGGCGGAAUCCCCGCCCGCUUAUACCCCUCGAUUUGUCGCUGCUACACAGUCCGCCCGUCGCCGAUGGCUGGAACAGCUUCCUAGGUGCGAUCCGAUCGCGUACCAUUGUCGAUGCGGGCCUGCUGGAACUCGCCGUCUGCCGCGUUGCUGUGCUGAAUCACGCUGUCUAUGAAUGGAACGCCCACGCCCCGCUGGCUCUCAAGGGAGGUAUCCAACCACAAGAGCUCCAGGCCGUCCGCACACUCCCCUCUGUGGCCGAUGAUGCGGCUCCUCUCGCAUCAAGCACGCUCUCUCCGCGCCAACGCGCUGUCCUGCGCUACACCGACCAGAUGACCCGCUCCGUCACCGUUCAGGACGAGGUCUUUGCCCAGUUGCAAGUAGUCGGGUUUAAUGACCGCGAGAUAGUCGAGCUCACGACCGGUAUUGCGGGUUACAAUUGCGUCAGUCGAUUCCUCGUUGCUCUUGACGUGGGCGAGAACAAUGCCCGAGAGAUGAAAAGCGUCGAUGAGCUGGUCGCCGCCCUAUGA